AUGGCACCCUCGUUGUCCUACAUGUUUUGUACUUGGAUCGUCUUCCUCCUCGCUGCGUUUCUUACUUCCUGUGCUGAUUCCCUAGGUCUUGCAGAUGAGUGCUCUGCCUUGAUAGAAUUCAAGAGAAGUUUCCCAACCAUCAGAGCGGAUUUCCCUUGCGUUUAUCCGAAGGCCGAAUCAUGGUUGCCGGAUGUGCAUGGAGACUGCUGCUCGUGGGAUGGCGUGGAGUGCCACGAGGCCACCGGUCAUGUGACGGGCCUUGAUCUUAGUGGCAGCUUCUACGUUUUUAAUGGAAACCUUUCUGGUUUUAUUCCAGCACUACAGUGGGGUAGUCCCCUGAAAUCACUAUCUCUUUGGGGCACGAAUUUUACAGGGGAAAUACCUAUUUCGAUUGGAAACCUUGUUUUCUUGAAAGAAUUAUCUAUUGGAAAUUGUCCUUUCUCGGGUUUACUUCCUGCUUCACUGGGUAAUCUUUCUCAGCUUACUUAUCUGGAUGCAUCACGAAAUAAAUUUCGGGGUCCAAUCCCCGAUUCCUUUGCUAAUCUUACCCAGCUGGCAUUUCUUGAUCUCCAUUCGAAUAAUUUCAGUGGUGAUAUUUGGCAUUGGCUUGGCAACUUGGCAAAACUCACCCUUUUCGACCUUUCAGAUGCUCAGUUCAGUGGCCCGAUUGCGUCUUCAUUUGAGAACUUGACCCGGUUGGUUGUGCUUAAACUUUCAUCCAACAAUUUGCAAGGUGAAAUUCCAAACUCAUUAUGGGAACUCAAGGAUAUUGAAUAUCUGGAUCUUAGUCAGAAUAAUUUGAGUGGCUAUGUGGAUUUACACAAACUCAAGAACAUGGAAACAUUACGUUUGGACUCCAACAACAUAUCUUUUGUCAGCAAGACCGAGAUCAAUGCCACUCUUCCAAAACUUUCCUGGUUAAACUUAGAUUCGUGCAACUUACAUGAGUUCCCGAAGUUUUUAGGCUACCUUAGCGGAUUAGAGAAGGUAAGUCUUUCACACAACAAAUUCGGAGGGAGUAUUCCUACGUGGCUGUGGAAUGGUAGCAGAGACUCCUUGAUGUAUAUUGAUCUUUCUCACAAUUUUCUAACUGGUUGGGGAAAAAAUCAGAUCAAUCUGUUACUACCUCAAUUGACCUAUCUUGACAUUAGUUCUAACUUUCUCAAAACAACACUCCCUAGUCCACCUCCAUCAGCAACUUAUUACAAUGUCUCCGACAACAUCCUCUUCGGAGGAAUUCAAUCUAUUUGUGGAGGAAGAUCCCUUGCCAUUCUUGAUCUGUCCAUAAGUAGUCUGACUGGCAAUAUUCCUUCAUGUUGGGAAAUAUGGAUUCUCUGUCAAUUUUGAAUCUUGGAAAAAAUAAACUUGAGGGCAUAAUUCCCAAUGCUUAUUCAAAAGGUUGUCCGUUAAAGUUUAUUGACCUCACAGAGAAUCGAUUGCAAGGGACUGUCCCAAGAUCUUUGGCAAAUUGUACAAUGCUAGAGUAUUUGAACCUUGGUUACAAUCAAAUUCUCGAUGGGUUCCCUUUAUGGCUAUCGAAAUUGACAGAGCUGAAAGCUAUUAUCUUGAAAUCCAACAAGUUCCAUGGUCCAAUAGAAGUAUAUCGAAGCCAGUUUAAUUUAAGCAAUUUGCAUAUCAUGGACCUUUCCAACAAUAGUUUCAACGGUGAAAUUCCUUCCAAGUUGUUGCAGAGUUUACAUGCCAUGAAAGUAAUUGUUGGUCAAGAUCGAUUGGAAUAUAUGGAUAUUUGGCAAGAUUCCACCUGGGUGGAAGCUGUGACUUAUGGAAUGAAACUGAUGAAUAAAGGCAUAGAAAGGGAAUACUUGAAGGUUCCAUAUGCCCUUAUGGAAAUUGACCUCGCCAAUAACAAAUUGGAAGGAUGCAUACCCGAUCUCAUUGGAGAUUUGAAGUCACUUCUCAUGCUUAACCUUUCAAACAACAUUCUCACCUGCUCCAUCCCACCUUCCUUAGCAAACCUGACAAUACUGGAGUCUCUAGAUCUUUCUCGAAAUAAGCUCUCAGGAGAGAUACCUCAACAACUAGCCCAACUUACGUUUCUUUCAUCUUUUGAUGUCUCUCACAAUAGACUCUCUGGCCCAAUACCGAGAGGAAGGCAGUUUGACACAUUCGGGACUGGUUCAUUUGCCAUGAAUAAGGGGUUGUGUGGAAGCCCUUUACCAAAAAAUUGCACAAAGGUUGGGGAAAACUUAUCAUUACCACCAUCAUUGCUCGAGGAAGACAAUGGCGAAGAGUCUCCGUUCAACUUGGAUUGCAAAGGUGUGCUGAUUGGCAUUGGAGUCGGGUUUUUGAUUGGUGUUGUGUUAGGGAACUUGAUCAUUGACAAGAAGACUAGGUGGUUCUUGCACUACUCCAAGAGAAUGGCAAACUUAUGGAAAAUAUUGGGAAGGCAUUGAACAAUGAGGAGUUAUGACACCGAUUAGUAAUGUAAUUGAUGGGCGUCUAGCUUGUAUUAAAAGUGGUUAUAAGUUUCUUAAGAUUCUGAUCUAUGUUUGCUUCAUGCGAACUCGUGUGUUUCGUAAGUUAUAUGUAGACGCUCAUUAUUCUACCUUUCCGACCGUUUUUCCUAGAAAAUCA